AGAAGUUAUUUUUAAUUAGUUGUAAAUGGAAAACUCAAUUAAUAAGAAUUGGUGGUAAUAGAAGAUGGCCAUGGGGGGAGUGAAAGCGGUGGCCGUCAUCUCCGGCGCAGAUAACGUCAAAGGAUUCGUCCACUUCAUCCAACACUCUUCCGGUACCCUCGUGGAAGGAAGAAUCAGCGGACUCCGUCCCGGCCUCCAUGCCUUUCAUAUCCACGCUCUCGGCGACACAACCAAUGGCUGCAAUUCUACUGGACCUCAUUUCAACCCUUUAAACAAGCAUCACGGCUCUCCCUUGGAUGAUCUGCGCCACGCCGGUGACCUCGGAAACAUUGUCGCCGCCUCAGACGGGGUUGCUGACAUUUCAAUUAUUGAUAAUCAGAUUCCACUGAGUGGACAGUACUCCAUUCUAGGAAGAGCUGUUGUUGUACAUGCUGAUCCUGAUGACCUUGGGAAAGGUGGACAUGAACUCAGCAAAACUACUGGAAAUGCUGGUGCAAGAAUCGGUUGUGGAAUAAUUGGGCUCCAGUCAUCUGUUUAAGGAUAAAACGUAGAGAGACGGAGAUCAUUGAAUUAAGAUGGCAGAUGCCCUGCUCUGCAUACAGUUGAAUCAUUUCAUUUGAAGUGCCAACUCUUUGUUUGUUUGUCCAAAUGCAACUUGGCUGGAUUUUUAGCUGUGCUGAACUGAACUGAAAUUGUUACAACAUUAACUAGACAAGAUCUUAACAGUUGCUAAGCUGUUCUGCAA